AUGAGCGUCACCGAUAAUACUAUUGCCGAGACUAAACAGUCUACCACCCCGACGUGCAGCAACAACGGCACGCACAGCGAGGGAUACACGGGCGCUUUCGAGGGCCCGGAGAAGCUCCUGGAAAUGUGGUUCGCCCCUAAUGCGCAGGCGGCGAAGCUUGUCAACCAGGCCGGCAAGCUCAGCGACGAGGACUUUGACCAGUGGUCCGAGGUUCGCGAUGGCUUGCGGUGCGUGCCGCGGGCGGUCUGGCGCGACAUGCUCGACCUUGUCCACUGCCAGGUCCUGAACACGCUCUGCAACGAGCACCUUGACUCAUAUCUCCUCAGUGAGUCCUCGUUCUUCGUCUACCCCCACAAGCUCGUGCUCAAGACCUGCGGCACGACGACCUUGCUGUAUGCCAUCCCGCGCAUCCUGGAAAUCGCGCGCGCCUACCUUGGCGUUGUUGGCGCCUACCAGGUCUUUUAUUCGCGCAAGAACUUUAUGUUCCCCGACCAGCAAGAGGAGCUGCACAGCUCAUGGGAGCGGGAGGUCAGGUACCUGGACGAAUUCUUCCCUGAGGGAUCCGCGUACCUGAUCGGCAAGACCAACCGCGAUCACUGGCACCUGUACCUGAGUGGCCCCUACGACACAUCUGCCAUGCAGACUGCCGCAGAGAACGCCGCUAUGCUCGAUGGUGCGCUGCUUGGCCAGACCAUCGCCUCUGACCUAGACCACGGCUACACAGCCCGGGCUGCGCACGACGAAGACACUGACCCUGUCCAUGGCCUCGGUAGCGCAGCUGCCAUUGGUGCCGACACAACUGUCGAGAUCUUGAUGACUGGGCUCGAUCCCGACCGCAUGCGUCUCAUGUACAUUGAUGGUAUUGGCGCUGAGGAGGGAUCCCGCGGUGGCAAGGCUGUUGAGCGCGCAUCAGGCAUUGCCGAUAUCUAUCCCGAGUCGUCGACCGACUCGUUCCUGUUCUCGCCGUGCGGUUUCUCGCUCAACGGCCUGCAGGGCGAUGGGUAUUACACAAUUCACGUUACCCCUGAGGCGCACUGCUCGUACGCCAGCUUUGAAACGAAUGUGUCCAACGACCGGGCGAUCGACCUGCUGAACCCAGCCGGGGUCAAGAAUCUGGUCGAGCAGGUAACGCGCGUGUUCGGCCCGCGCUUUGUCACGGUUACUGUUUUCAAGGCCCGCAACGACUCUCUGCCCAACCACACUACCAAUACCUCGCCUGCUCGUGGCGGAUACAAGGCUGUCGACCGCGUGCUCUACGAAUUCGACCACUACUGGCUCCGCUACGGAUACUAUGUCAGAAGCGACUAA